AUGGAACAGAUCCAUGGACCGGGGGCAGACCCCGCCACUCAUGAGCUUUGCUACGGUUAUGAUUAUGGUUAUGCCCGGUUUCGGAAGCAGCAGCAGCAGCAGCAGCCGCCCGCCACAGCAACAACAACAACAACAAAAACAAACGCAAACUCCAAAUUUCACAAACGUCGACGAAGGCGACAGCGCAGUCAGCAGCGCAGCAGCAGCACAACAACAGCAACAGGAACAUCACCAGCAAGAGCAACAACAAUCCGUAGAAGAAGCAGCAUCCCAUAUCUAAGCAGAACUGGCGCCUACCUGACGCUUCUGCUCCUAACCACAACAUGUUCCUUGUGCGCUGUUGCUGCCGCAUCCGCAUCCGCCGCCACCGCUUCCGCUGCCGCCGCUGCCGUCGCCGCUGCCGCUGCCUCUGCCACGAAUAGCGCCAGCGCCAGUGGCUUUGUGGUGCCCAGUUCACCCUGUGCACCGCAGCACUGGUGGGAUCAGCUGCAGCACAAGUGCACGCCCUGCACUAGCUGCCAGGGCGAGAUGAUGACCCAUCGCCCGUGCCAGCUGCACAUCGAUACCGUUUGCAGGUCCAUCUACGAUCUGCCAAUCGAUUGGGUGAGGGUGUCCAGAACGGAGCCAAACUGGAAGGAGCGCCGAAAGUUUUCGGAAUAUGAGCAUUUCGAUCAUCCAACGCCGCUGCAGCACUUGACCCACGAGCAGCUGCAGCAGCUGCACGAGGAGGCAGCCGCUGCCUUGCCCCUCGACUGGCAGACGGGCGCACUCUUUAUCGCGGCGCUCGCCUGCCUGCUGUUCUUCUCGGUGGCCGCCUGCAUACUCAUCCAUCAUAUGCGCCAAUGGCGCCGCAUGGAGCGCCGAUUGGAUCAAGAUGUGGAAGAGUUGUCCACGAAGCUGAUGGCCAAGCUGGCCGAGGUGCAGAGGCUGGAUGGCGGCACCUUCUUCAUAGGCAAUGCGGAUGCGCUGCGCGGUCUGCCCGCCUCGGCAAUGACGUCGGCGUCAGCGUCAGCUGCGCAGUCGGGCAUCUUUCAGCCGCAACAUGUGCUGCUGCCUGCGGAGAAGCAUACCAAGCAUCACGAGCGACGCAUCCUGAAAACCCUGCAGCCGGGCAAUGUCUACAUCGAGGAGAGCAACGGAUUAGGAGCUGGUGUCUUUGCCGGCUCGAAGGGCUGAUGCUGCAGUCUGGUCAGCAGCUUGUUGGAAACUACUUAAGUGUCCGUUGACGUCUAGUACAACCACAACAACAGCAGCAACAACAACAGCAACUACAGCAGCUACAAUUCUGUACAAAGAGAACGCUGAGGGAGCUCGGGACUUGCAAAAUUUGGAGAAUUAUCUACGCGUACGAUUAAUAUAUAUUUGCCUGAUAUUUAAUUUAAAUGUUAUGUUGACUUGUUUGUAAUGCAAAGGCACAGCAAUUAAUUAAUAUAAUUAAUUAUUAAUUAAUCAACACGUUCAUGCUGGCAAAUAGUUGUGUCAAACGGCUUGCACAAGCAAUUGUUUCUGAAUUCGGGUUAGUCUAAAUUGAAAAUUUGUGCAAACUUUUUCAAAAGCCUUUUGUCAAAACUCAUAAAAGACUUUUCGUGAAACACUGCUUUAAGUUAAAUAUUUUUUACAAUUCAAGCUGGACUAAAUUUGAGAUUUGUUUCAAACUGUUUGUCAAUUUUUUUAGCCAACUGUCGGGAAAACUUGUCUCGAAACUCAUGGAACUCUAUUAAAUUGAAAUUAAUGUAGAAAUACUCGAACUUGAUUUCCUCUUCGGAGCUGUUUGCCCAAACCAUUUGCCACGCUGAGCGUUACAUUAAUUCUAAAUGCGGAAUUGGUAAAUUGUUUUUGUAUAUAUAAAAGAGAGUUUUUUGUUUUUUUUUUUUUUUUUUUUUUUUGAGCAAGAGUGUGAAAGAUGGUGAGAGUGAAGAGUUACACACUAUGAAUGCAUUAUAAGAGAAACCCAUCUACGUAUGAUUAACAAAUUUCUACUUAAUGUAAAUAUUGAGGCGAGCGAACGGGACGAGUGCUACAGAACCAAGCAAUAUCGGCAGCAUAUCAGCUACUAUAUGUUUACUAUAUAGUCAUGCAUAUUGUAUAUCAUGCAUAAUAUCGUUCACCCAUAGCCAACACACACACACACACACACACAUACACACAUGCAUACGAUUAUAUAUAUAUUUAUGUGUAGGCGUAUUUGAGAAAAUAUUAAACGUGUAUUAAUUAUAAAUAUUUUAUGUCUUUUUUUUGUAUUUGUUCUUAGCGAAAUGCAA